CAUUACAUUACAUAAUGAUUACUGACAAUGUGAUACUAAUUCACACCCACACACAAACAUACAUAUAUACAUAUAUACACACACAAGUAUAGAAGUAUGUAAUGGUAGACAUGCAUAAAUAUCAACAUAACCUUGACCUACCAAUUUAUUAAUUAAACCUGACAUAGAUACAUAUAAAUACAUAAAUGUGAUAGAAUUUACCGAAAAAUCAAACCAAAUCACUUUUCUAUCAUCAUACUUAUCAUUAUAAAAUUCUAAUUGAAACAAACAAUAGUGUCUAUCUUGAAACGGAUUUGAAUUUUUCCCCCUUCCAAAAACAAAAAAAAAAGAAGAAAACACAAUGAAUCUCUUAUGGAAUUCUAAUAAAUCAUUAUCAAAAUCAUCCAUAAAUCAUGAUUUAGAAGUGAUUGUUGUUGGUUUAAAUAAAACUGGAACUAGUUAUUUAAAAUCUGCAUUAGAAAUUUUAUAUCAUGGUACAACCUGUUUACAUUAUACUGAUUUGAUUUAUCAAUCAAAUGAUAUAAUAGAAAAAUGGUUAGAAUUACAUUUAUGUCAAUAUCAAACAAAAUUAAAUGGAUUUCAAUAUAAUAAACAAGAAUUAUUAAAAUUAUUAUUAAAAAAUUAUAAAUCUGUAUCCGGUAUACCAAUUACAUCAUUUUUAAAUGAUUUAAUACAAAUGUAUCCUAAUGUGAAACAGCAAAUCUACAACUGAAAAACAUCUGGAACUCAAAGCAACUGUCAACCAACACCAAAGUCAGAAUUUUCACUACUCUAUGGAGUGGAAACUUGGAGAAUUACAAAAGCCAUCAUCCAGAAGACACAAGUGUUUAUUAAUAGUUGUCUACGCAAAAUACUUCGGAUCCGUUGGCCAGUCACUAUCAGCAACAACCUACUAUGACGGAGAACAAACCAGAUUCCAGUGGAGGAAGAAAUCAGAAAGAAGCGCUGGAAGUGUAUAGGACACACAUUGAGGAAAGCAUGCAAUCGCGUCUCAAACCAAGCCCCUCAUAUGGAAUCCUCAAGGCUCAAGGAGGAGAGGAAGACCAAAGAACACAUUACUCCGAGAAAUGGAGACAGACGUGAGAAGAAUGAGUAACAAUUUGAUAGAACUAGAAAGGAAUGCCCAGGACAUAGUGAGUUGGAGAAUGCUACCUGGAGGACUAUUAGGGGUAACAGGCGUAAGUAAGUUAUUUUAACAGUACGUAAUGCUGAAUUAUGGCAUGCUGCUUGUCGUACAAAUCUUAUACCAUAUCAAUCAAAUGAAUCAAAAUUACAAAAAUUUUUUUAUAAAUUUUCAUUAUUUACAUGGUUAAUAAAAUUAAAUCAAUUAAAAUUAUUAUCAUUACAAAAUACAUUAGGUAAUAAAAUUAAUUUAAAAAAUGAUAAUGAAUUAAUUCAUGCCUAUAGUCGUUGGAAUGAUUAUGUUCAAUUAAUUGUACCAAAAGAUCGUUUAUUAAUUUAUAAUAUAAAACAAGGUUGGUUACCAUUAUGUGAAUUUUUAAAUAAACCAAUACCAUGUUGUACAUUUCCUGGUAGAAAUACAAUAUUUCUAUGGUCAUAUUUAUUACGUCAUUUAAAAAAAUUAUUUCAUUUUAUAUUGUAUACUUUUAUUUAUUUAUUUAUGAUUUAUUAUUUUUUAAAUAUUUUCCGAUAAAUAUGUAGGAGGAUGCUUUAUUUUUUUGUCGUUGAUUGUUUAUUAUUAUUGUUCUGCCUUGGAUACUACAGAUACACACGCUUACACAUACAUACACACACACGCACAUAGUGAACUACUCACAACUCGAAAAAAAUAAACAAACACACAUAUAUACACAUAUUAAUGAAUUCUGUAUUAUGAUUAUUCUAUUAUUGGACUGUUCUUUCAUUAUUAUUAUUAUUAUAAUCCUCUGACAAAUUGUUAAUUAUUUAUGGAAUAUGAUUUUAGGUAAGCCAUUUUAAUAAUGUGGGUGUGUGUGUACGUGCGGAUUUUUUCUCUCUCUGUUUGUUUAUUGUUUACAAAUUACUUCUUUUGUAUACAUAGUUCAAAUGCGCGUUGUUUUCUUUUAUUUUUAGUAACCAAAUGUGAAUAGACCUUGUAAAUAAAUUAUUUUUUGUUAAUAGGUCUAUUCUAAUUUGUUUAUCCAGUUCGGUGACAAUUAGUUAUUGAUAAAUGAUGAAUGCGCCGGAUAUUAGUUUUUGGUUCUUUCAAUUCCGUAAACAACAACGCCACUGGGAGAAGGUAGUGAGUAGGAUUUUUCUGUCAGUGGCUAUAUACGCGUGGCUAUAUGGGAGCAUUUUGAGAGGGAGAGGGGACUUUUUCUCCCUCGGCCGUAUCAGGGAAUUUGGUGGUUAGUGAACAGGGAUGAUCCAUCUCG